AUGGAAUCAGCGAACUUGAAUAAACCAAUUAUCCUUCCGAUUGUAUUACGGCCAUCUAAUUUAAGGCCCAUAGCUUACAGAACAUUAACUAAGAAAUUUGGGUUGAAUAUACAAUCAGAUGCUUUAGAAAAAUUAAGUUCUUAUAUCGGGCGUAAUUUUGGGAAUCAAUGGAGAGGCCCGUUAACGGUAUCUUUUCUGGAACGUGUUGGAAAGUUAUGGAAAGAUCAAAAUAGAGGAUUGUUUCUUAACGGAGACGGUGUCGAAGUUAUAAUCAAGGAAAUAGAUUCCGAACAAAAUGCAAAAGAAUUGAAAUCUAGAGAUCUCUCUUUUGGAAAUUCAGGUCAGUUGCCUGGAAAUACUCGGAAAUCAUUUAAAGUUUUUAGUGACUCUAUGCAAAGUACACAAGAUACACAGCCAGCUUCUUCUCUUUCUAGUCAGAAUAGAGUUGACCAAGAAUUACAAAUGCUAGAUGACUCCAUCGAUUGGACAGAUUUUUUCAAAAUUGUCGACAUUUCCAGAUUUCAACGAAUCAGGUUUGAUGAACGUAGAAGGCAACUAUAUUUUCUUCCCGUUCAAAACUCCCAAGAUGAUAGCAUAUCUCUUCCUACGUCUAAAGAUAGUAUCAGUUUCUAUGUGGAUAGAUUUCAUAUACUCAAAGACAGAUUAUUAAGAAAUGAUCACUUCCAGCCACGAACAUUUAGCUCUAUGAAUUCCAUAACUGGUUCUUUUCAUCCUCAGAUGGCUAAUCAACAGAUCACCUCAAUCAAGAAUUUGCUAGGACACCAUGGUGAACAUUUUGUUCUUUUCGGGAUUUUGACUCUCAGCUCCGCAGGUCUAUGGCAGUUACAAGAUGAUACCGAUACUAUUAUUUUGGAGUUGUCUCAGUGCAUUUUCCCCACAAACUGCUUUGUGACUUCCGGAAAUUACGUGAUCUGUGAUGGAAUUUAUUCCAAUAGUGGAAAAUUCUAUGUUAGUGCAUUGGCAUCUCCCCCAUCGGAACUCCAAGAGGUUUCAAUCGAUUCGUUAGGGAAUAUUGACUUCAAUGGUAUUUAUUCAAAGCAUGGCCAUAUAGAUACUGGCUUGAAAAAACGACUUCCAAUGAUAGAGAGAGAAUUUCCGGAACACAAAAUGAUAUUUCUUGGAUGUGACAUAUUUUUAAAUAAUUUGAAAGUAUUGGAGGCUCUCAAGAAAUUGUUCACCACAUUGACCAAUGAGAUCGAUGAGCAGAAUGUCAACAUCAUCUCCAUUGUCUUUCCGGGAUCAUUCAUAGACAGCCCACUUGAUGUGACAGAAAGUUCUUCAUUUUCUUACAUUACAUCAUCUAGUCUAUAUAAAUCAUACUUCGAUUCAUUUGCAUCAAUAUUGCAAGGAUUCCCAAAACUUUGUGGGAAAGUUCACUUUACGAUUUUGCCUGGUGAUAAUGAUCCUUGGUCAUCUUUGGUUACCAAAGGAUCCAAUUCUAUUUGGCCUAAGUUUAAGGUUCCAGCCAUGUUUGGACGGCGUUUAAAAAGGUGGGUAAAAGAUGUUGACUGGGCAUCAAAUCCAUGCAAGAUGAAUUAUCUCUCGCAUGAUAUUACCAUUGUCAGAGAUGAUAUUGGAAGUAGGUUGCGAAGAAAUGAUAUUACCUAUUUAUCAAAGGACAAACUAAACGAUAUUAAAAAGGAAGAGCUUGAAAAGAAAGCUGAUAGCACCGUUGAAAAGGGGGAUGACCUUCUACUAGAGAUAGAUCGAGUGACGAAACCGAAGCUGAAGCCUGAUGAGAUUCAAUCCAGGAAGGUGGUCAAAACUCUUCUUGAUCAAGGCACCUUGUCACCAUUUAGUAGUAGAAUCAGACCAAUAUUAUCGAAUUAUGCACAAAUUCUUAGUCUCAUCCCUCUUCCGGAUCUUCUUGUGAUUUGUGACCCCACUACACCUAUUUUUGAUCUCAUAUACAAAAACUGUCAUGUCAUAAAUCCCGGUAAGUUUAUACAGGAUGGUAAAGUCAGCUUUUUUGAGUACAGACCAGCCACAAGGAAGUCAAAAUUUCGGCAGUUAUUAUGA